AAAAAUAAGGCUAAACAUCUGAAAGAGAACAAGUUAAACUUAAUAUGGCGGACGAAUAUCCAGAGCGAAUUGUUAAGAAAAUUUCUGACUUGGCAAACUUUCAUGAAUCAUUUGACUACCAUUCUAAAUAAUUACUUAAGCUUAAUACAGUUAAUUGUAAAUGAAGAUGGGAGAAUCACCUGUUAUGAUCAAGCGAUAUAUUACUUAUGAUACCUUACCAGUUGUAAACAUCCGAAGUAUCAAGACUUUCACGUAUGAUUUGGAUAAAAAGGACGAAAGUUGGAAAACAAAAGUUGUCAACUUUAAAAGCUGUGGGGAAGGUUAACUGGGUGACGAAAUUAAAAGACGAGUUGUAAUCACUUCGUUAUGAAAGAAGACAUAAAACGCUUUUUCAGGGAUUUGUUGAACAGUUCCACACCUGAUGGCACCAUUGUUUACGGGAAAACUGUUCGAGAAGUACCCAAUCGGAAGAUCAAGGAGAUCACGCCUGAUCACGUGUCGGCGUUAUGCUCUCCAUCGGAUUGCAUGAAACAAAUUCACAAGAAGAUCAAAUGCAAGUCGCACAAGAAGGAGGAUGUAUCGCAAAUGAAUCCAGUGGAAGGCAUAAAUCGCUGGGACGAUCGAAAAGAUUUUGCUUAUGGCAUGGCUGUUAGUUUAUACGAAAACGACACUGAAACCGGUCACCUUAUCGGAGAUCCGGUUGCAGACUCGUUAGCAAUAAUCACCCGUCGGAAUUGUGGCAUACUCGCUUUGGCUGAUGGUGUAAGUUGGGGUCCGAAAUCAAAGCUGGCUUCGAAUUGUGGUGUGUACGGCUCCAUAACAUACAUUUCCAAACAUAUUGAACAAUGCAUGUACACUAAGGACGUAUUCCGUUGUAUACUACGCUCUUUUGAGCAUGCGCAGAAAUGUAUCGUGGAAGAGGAAGCUACCAUGACAACGCUUUGUGUCGGCGUCGUUGUGCAGUUACAAGAGAAAGAUAGGUUCGGUUUUUGCGUCGUAAAUGUCGGAGAUUCGUAUGCGUAUGUUUAUAGUAAAAAAUACGGCGUGAAAGAGGUGACACACGGUUCUCAUUGUAUAGAUGAACUACGAGACAUGAGAUACAGCGGAGGAGCGCUCGGACCAGCCGAUGGAUACAAUCCAGACUUGGGUAAUUUAACUUGCUCCUUCGUGGUGAUUGAAAAAGGUGAUGUUGUGUUUUUAUGCAGCGAUGGAAUUUCUGAUAAUUUCGAUCCAGCGGUUGCGAAAUUUAAUCCACGUUUUAAAACAAAAGAGCAAACUAAACAAGAACUUGACUCUAUUGAUGGUCGAAUCCAAAAAAUCAGUGACUCAAAAUCGGAUAUCAUCCCUUACAACACGGAGGAGAGUAAACCUUCCUUCAACGUUAAUAUUCCAAACAUAACUCUUACGAAGUUGGAACAGACUAAACUGUUCGCAAAUGAUAAAGACGAUAAUUUAUUGCAAUUUUCGAGUACUGAUGGAUGCUGGUCAGUUCCGAGUCUAUCAGGCAGCCCUACAUCAAGCGACGAGGGUAACAGUUUGAGCAGUUCGCCAAAGUGCGGUCAUCCUACAAAUUUGAGUUCGAUGGAUAAAAAAAUGUUAAAAAGUCACGAGUGUUUGUCAAUUAAAAAAAUGUUCGAUAAAUUCGCGAAGAUGGAAUCUCCGGAUAUCUCCAGUAACGAAGAAGAUAACGCGGAAGAUGGAACAGUGAUCAAAUGCGCGCGAAAUAACACUUCUUCAAGCGACAACAACAGUUUGCGCGGUGGCGUUGAAAAAAAGUGCGAUAUUUGUACCGAAAUACUUAAUAAAAACAUUGUUGAUAAUAAAAUUGAUUCGUCCAAUGGUAUAUCAUACGAUCCGCUCAUUAAGCGAGACACACAGGGUUAUUUUGGAAAGGAGUAUAGUGAGGACACAAACAAUAGCGUUUUAGAGUUUGCUUUUAGGGGGGAAAAUAGGAAUAAACCAAGGAUUAAAACAAGUCGUUCUCACGAUGAUAUCGUCUCCAAACUUACUAACGAAAAAGACCAGUUGGACAACAGGCCUAGAACAGAAUCCAACUGCGAGAGCUCGAAUAAGAACAUUGUUUCUCCACAGAGCGACGUUGAUGCUCCUUCACAAGGCGACAUUCACGCUCAGCUUAGAAGCAAGUCUCAUUCAAACGUUUUAAAAGGUACACCGACGGAACAGAAAGACUUUAGAAGGACCGUUAGUGAGCAGCAACAUAAAAAACGCCCUUCCUUGUCGGAUGAAAUUCUUCAAUCGUUAACGCCUCGUGAAAGACAUAAAGGGGCGUUGGAACAAAUGACUGAGAUCAUCAGAUCAGUGGAGUUCGAACCGAUUAACGGCACGUGUGUGCGAGCAGUGGAUGUGUGUGCGCAAAUAAUGAACUUUGUCGUUAAUCGUACCGCUGAAAAACGCGACAUUUUGGAAGAGACGCCGCCGUCACUACUAAGUCGCUGGACAACUAAAGAAAGAAAGAAACAUAAUGAGCGAGUUAAAAAGACUUUGGAAGGUGUUCCCGGAAAGUUAGACCACGCAUCGAUAGUAGCUUACGAGGUGGACGUGCGGGGCAAAGAAGUUGUCACGUUGGAUUCGAAAAAGUCGUCAGAUAGUUUCGACGAUAUUUCUGCUACAGAAGCGUCGAUAGAUGGAAAUCCCUGUGUUUCUUUGGAUGAAAUUUUAUCGAGGCGCCAAAGUGAACCAAACGAUUACACGAAUGAAAGAUUCAGCAACUGUGCAGAUCGAAAGAUGUUAUAUGCGUAUAAGUAAGAGAAGUGCGCAUGCACGUACAGCAGCAUGGUCUGGUUCAUGUAUGUUCGGAAAACUUGAUAUGUAACUCCAUAGAGUUCUAUGUUUCUGUGGAUUUUUAGAAUGUAGAUAGAAUUUAAAAAUGAUUGUCAAAAUAUUUUUGUACAGUUUCUUCAUUGUUAUUUUGUGUUUUUUCGCUUUCAGUAAAUUCUCACAUUUUCUUAUCUUUGUCUUCCUGUUAUUUAAAAUUAGAUCAUUAAUAAGAUCUCUUUAGUGUGAAAACUGAAGAAAUUUGAGGUAAUGACAUCAUAAAAAUAAAUUAAGAGUUAUAAAGUGUAACCAACGAACAACUGCCGCCCUUGGGCGUUUUGAACCGCCCUUUAAAUUUUUGCGAAGAUCUUUUUACUGAUUUUGAUUUAUAAUUAUUUUUCAGCACAAAGAUUACAAAUCGUGUAGAUAUUUAGUUUUGAAUAUUGAAAAAUUUUGUACAUUAAAGUAGAUUGUUUUAUAUAUAUUAUUUUUGGAUGAAAAAAAAACAUCUCGAACA